AAGAAUAGCAGUUACAAUGAAAUAAAAGGAAUAUAUAAAAACAAUAAAGUUCGUAACCCCAUACAUGAGGGCGUUCGUAACCCUAUUCGCAAUAUAUAAGAACAAUGAAGUGGUUUUCAGCCUAGAAUAAGUAGUUGCCUCCUGGGCUUUGGGAAGAUGCCCGAGCGUCUACUUUGCCUUUUGUCUUCCCUCGUCGUCGUGGCACUGACUUCUAGGAACGUUUACACCGUGAAGUUGCAACGUUUCGCUGACGAGAGCGACACAGACGCUGGCGUGAGAGAGGUGAGUACUAUGCAUGAUAAGGACAAAGUACCUGUGCCGUAGUUCAUUUUUUGUAGUUCCGCUGACUGUUGUUCUUCUUAUUGAUUACCACCACUUGUUCUAGUUUCAGAUAGACUCCUCAAAAAAUUAUAAUUCUGAAAUUUUCGUCCAGAUCCGUUCCUCAGAAUACUAUGGGAAAGUAACGCUGGGUGGCCAGGACUUCGCGAUGGUUUUUGACACGGGUAGCGGUAACAUCGUAGUGCCAUCGGUUGAGUGCACCGAUGAAGCCUGCCAGAGACACAGACGUUACAUUACGAAUGGAGAGAUGGACGACGUUACUUGAUUAGGAAUGAUUGGCCAGUAGAAAAUAAAAAACUCUAGUAAACUCAGAAGUGAUAUAAGUAAUUUUCAUUUUGAUUUAGCUAUUUCUGCCGUACUACUAGAAUGUCGAGUAGACGGCUAGUCAUAGUUCUGGAUGCCUGUACCUGUUUUCCUUAGUGGUGGAUGUCAUGGAUGAACUCAUAGCAUCAAAGGAAGUAGACAACCAUGUUUAGUACUGCUAUUCAUGAUCUUGUCGGUCACUUGCUUCUAGCACAUUUCUAAGCCAAAUGCCAGUGAAUCGGCCACCAGCAAGCAACUUGCCUUCGCUGAAGAGCCUGAAACGGAGGUCACACCAGGAAAAGAGCGAGAUAUUGUUACCAUCAGCUACGGCACAGGACAGCUGAGUGGUGUUUUCGUUCGUGACAGGCUUUGUGUCGGAAACGAUAGUGCCGCAGACGGUGCAGAAGAGGCAAAGCUUUGCGCUAUGAUAAAUUUCGUGUAUGGUACGAGGGUCUAAAAAUUUGAAUUUAAAUCACACUCCUCACGUAAAUUGAGACAAAUCCAAAAAGUGAUUUGAUAAGAUUCCUCAGCAAAAUAGUAGUUACUAGCUUCUUGUUUUCGUAGGAUCCCUAACCCAACCUCUCUUCUUGUGAGUUCUUCAUUACCCAGCUGCCUCAGAGGAAACUACGGAUCCCUUUGGGAAGGUCCAGUUCGACGGUAUUUUCGGCCUUGGGUUGCCGGAUAUGAGCGAAGGACCGCACUUCAACGCCGUCGACCGAAUGAUAACCAGCAACUUUUUGCGCGAUAGUGUCUUUUCGAUAUAUCUGCGGAAAGACGAAGACAAGGGAGAGGAAGAGGAGGAUGUUCAUUCGCGGGUGACCCCGUGUCAAGAUCCCAGUUUUGGUUGUGAUAACAGCACAUCGUUUGCUGGAGAAAUCACUUUCGGAGGCUACCGCACACAAAGAAUGUCCAGCGAAAUCAUCUGGGUCCCAGUCUCGCACCCAUCAUUUUGUUAUAGCAUUUUGUUUUUUGCAUCCACAUGAUGUCCACUCAACAAGACACAGAUCCUGAUCUUUGUUUUCCUCAAAUCCGGAUCCGUGUCUUUGCCUCAGAUUGACAAGAUGUUUUCUCCGUAUAAAUACUUAAGUUACCCCUGCUGGGAGGUGCUCAACUUCAUGAUUCUAAGCUCCGCAAGUUGAGAUGGAUGAUGUCGUAUUGAAUAACGUAGUCACUGGCUUAUGCGAUGGCGGUUGUCAGGCUGCCGUAGAUACGGGGACGUCGCUCUUGGCGGGACCUUCCCAUAUUGUCCACGAAUUGACGUUAUGAUCAGCUACUUUUAUCCAUCUCUCUUAGAAGAAGCAUCCUCUCUUUGUUCCCACACAUAGUUGGAAGGAAAAGUCCAAGGGAAACGUAUAAUCUUAUACAAGGGAAAAGGUACGAGGACCAAGAUGAUUGAUAGGAGGGCCACCGAGAUGGAUUUAGGCACAUUCUAACGACGGAAAAACUGAACGUAGCGGCUGACUGUUCCAAUUGGCCAAGCCUUCCAGACUUAGGCUUUUUGUUUGGAGAUACAAUUCUCAACCUGAAGCCGCAGGAUUACGUAGAACGACAUCCAGAAGAAGGUUGCUCACUCGCUCUGAUGGCUCUGGACGUGCCUCCGCCUAAGGGGCCGCUGUUUGUUUUCGGCGAACCCUUUUUGAAGAAAUACUACACCAUCUUCGAUCGCGCGCGACUCUUAUGGUCUUGAUGUUGGGACGGAUACUUUUUCUUUCUUGGUUAGAAAAAGUAGAGCUUUUUGACUCAAUUAAGCAUGUAAAAAAAGUUUGUAGAGCAGGCGGGAGUCUACUCUCAAUUAUUUCUUUUUUGUAGUGUGUGUCAUGAUAGAUACACCGGGACUAGCGCUCAGAAUACACAUCGAAAAGAUCAUUCUAAGACCACGUCUAGGGCUCGCUCUUGCCAAUCACGACAUUAUUGCUGAAGAGACAACAACUAUCACAGCAGACGGAAGUGUGACGGUUCAGGCACACGAGAAUGUGACUAUCAUAACAGAAGGAGACCCACAUCAUGUCGCUCAACAGAGGAGCACUAAAAAAGUGGUAGUAGUAGACGCAGUGGAGCAUUUGCGCGCAAGAGGCCACACAGCGAAGAGGAGACCUACACGGAGACUGAAUGUCCAUCGUAAUCGGAAAACACCGAUUGCAGGGCGAUGA